UUCGACGGAGAAUAGUCUCGCGACAAUAGAGUUGUCCGGAGAAUUGGCCAUGUCCAUGAUUCUGAAUUUCAAUAUUUCACAUGGGUGAGAGUGACAGGAGAGGCCGACAUCGGGAAUGUCCACACUCACUCACCUCAUAAUCUACUUCCAGACCAAUCUUCCGUCAGAUCCACCAAAACUUCUACGCAGACACGUUUGCAACGGCUUGUCGGAGAUUCGAUUCAGUAGAACCUCAGAAAGAAGUCAGUCCAUGUCUUGCACAUCCGCAUCACAAGUCAAGCUGACCCAGAGUCAGAUUCUGAUGCGGAUCAUGAUCGCUCUGGGUGCAAGAUCGUCUUAUCAUCCCGCCAUCAUACCGGGCGGGGACGUUGCCUUUCCCUUCACACUAGGUCUCAGUCGAGAGGCCCCUUGUCGUGCGCUAGCGAGGACCGUCCUGGAAAGGUUUUACGAGUUAAAUAUCAGGAAACAACCUACAAUCGAAUCAAUCCAAAUCGCUGCAUCGGUCUACCUCAUUACCAGAAGUGAGCCUGAGACCGGCCGCAUCACCUGCUCUCUACACCCCUGACUCACUUUUUUAAUAGCGAUAACGACUCCUGAGGAGCUUCGACCUACUGCCCACAUUGUUGUCGAUCUGCUCCGCCAAUUCAUCGCGAGCGAUACAUUCGAACAGACUGCAUCUUCUCAUUUUCUUCUCAAUACCUGCCUGAUGGCCUUCUGGGUCGACGCAAAAUCAGCUGCAGAAACGGGCAAUCGACCCCUGUUGAACGAUGAUGAUCUGGGAGACAUCCCAAAUUUCCAGGAAUAUCUUGAUCGUCCAUUGCCAGAUGAGAUCCAGCUCAACCAAGAGCUUCGCUAUUCCAUUCACGCC